AUGGGGGUAAGGUACUUGUCGGUCUCGGUAGCAUCAACAGCUCUGAGCUUUGUGGGGCUUCAGGUCUGGACAGAGUUGUCUUUGGAUAGGCUUAGAGCUGAUGGGUUGAUUGCAAAGAACAUUUCUUUAGGAGACUCUGAGCAUGCCCUUGAGCUGCUUCUUGGAUCUUACUUUACAAUCGCCCUGUUGACCAAUUUUGUACUCAAUGUGUAUAUUCUUCUGCUACUCUCUCUCAAGACUCUAUUUUUUGGAGAUUUAUAUGGCGUUGAAACUAAAAAGUUGGUGGAGCGACUUGCCAAUUACAUCAUUUACAAGGGUACAUUUCUGCCGCUGGUGAUUCCCCCAACUAUAUUUCAGGGUGUACUGUGGACAGUUUGGCUGACUGUUCUAUGCACUUUAAAGAUGUUUCAAGCUUUGGCUAGAGACCGGCUUGAACGAUUGAAUGCAUCUCCUUCUUCUACACCUUGGACAUACUUCCGUGUGUAUUCAGUUCUGUUCUUGGUUCUCUCUGUUGAUAUGUUGUGGAUAAAGCUUUCCCUUAUGACAUACAAUACAAUCGGUUCUUCUGUGUAUCUGUUGUUACUUUUUGAGCCAUGCAGUAUAGCUUUUGAGACCUUGCAGGCGCUGUUAAUUCAUGGGUUUCAGUUGCUUGAUAUGUGGAUCAACCACUUAGUAGUCAAUAACUCGGACUGCCAAAGAUCCAAGUUUCUUGAUUCCAUGACAGCAGGCUCACUGUUGGAAUGGAAGGGUCUUCUCAACCGAAACCUUGGUUUCUUCCUGGACAUGGCUACUUUGGUAAUGGCACUAUGUCAUUAUUUGCAUAUCUGGUGGCUGCAUGGCAUUGCCUUCCAUCUGGUGGAUGCAGUUUUGUUUCUCAACAUACGUGCAUUGCUUAGUGCAAUUUUGAAACGAAUUAAAGGAUACAUUAAACUGAGAAUAGCUCUGGGUUCUCUCCAUGCAGCCCUUCCUGAUGCAACUUCUGAAGAGUUACGAGCAUAUGAUGAUGAAUGUGCUAUAUGCCGGGUAUAUGCUUCUGCUAUAGAUCUAUUUUUCAUACACCUUUUUAAUACCUCAAGCUCUUGUAUACAUUCUGAAUGGCAGGAACCUAUGGCUAAGGCUAAAAGGCUUCACUGCAACCACCUUUUCCAUCUUGGCUGCCUGCGAUCCUGGUUGGAUCAAGGUCUAAAUGAUGUUUAUUCUUGUCCUACAUGUCGUAAGCCUCUUUUUGCUGGGAGAACUGAGAGUGAGGUGAACCCUCGCACGGUAGAAGUCUCAAGGGAUGAGCAGUUAGCGCGUCAGCUUGAAAGACAAAACAGUCCUGCUCAUCCACUUGCCACUGGUUUAUUUCCUGCCGAGAUGCCAAGUUCUGUUGAAAGUGAUCCUUCCAGGAAUUUAGGUUUGGAUCCAAGCUGGCUGCAGACAUGGUCAGAUCAGGGCAUUGAUGUCGCUGGUCCCUCUACAGCUUCAAGGUCCGUUGGACUGGGGAGGGUUCAGAUGAUGAUGAGGCAUCUUGCAUCUGUUGGAGAAAGUUAUGCUCAAACUGCACUUGACGAUGCUUCUUGGAGUCUAUGGCCAAUGAACCCUUCACAAGCUUCCACUUCUACGACAACCAUACCUCCAACUGCUGGUGGAAGGACAGGUGGUCUGCAUCUAAGAACUGUAUCAAAUGUGUCAAAUGAAAGCUUGGCAAGUAUACUAGCUAUGGCCGAGACAGUAAGGGAAGUCAUGCCACAUGUGCCUGACGAAAUUAUUUUCCAGGACCUGCAGAGAACAAACUCUGUAGCUGUUACAGUGAACAAUCUUCUCCAGAUGUGAUGAUAGUUUGUGUAAAAAAUACUGAGAAAUUGCUGUACUUUCAUUUCAACCAUAGGUAUAGAUUAGUGAUUCGAGACAUAUCCUUAUCCUUAAGUUUAUACAUCACCCAACAUUGUGCAUCACUCUUUACCAUAGAGAAGAAGAGGCUCUAGUGUAUAGCUUCUGUUCAUUGCUCUCCUGCGAAGAGUAAAGUUUGGAAAUAUACACAAGGUGCUGAUACCCUGGUGGUCUAGAGAUAUCUUGUCACAGUCUGACCUCCUUUCCAGUAUCGAGGGAGAGUGACCACUCUGUGCAGAUACCUCUCCUGUAUAAGAAUGUGUAAUUUACAAUAAAAAAGAAGUUAAAUUAAAGAAUAUACUGUUAAAUUGAUCCAAUAGCUUGUCUGUCAUGCAGUAUAUCAUCAAAUGUGUAAACUAGAAUUUCUUUUUCUCUCU